AAUUAAUUAGUUUGAUCUUAAAAUUGAAUGCUAACACCUGGAGCUCCAAAUACUGGUUUGUCCACUUGCAGGCCUUUGUUUGGGUCUUUUCGCCUUCCGGGGUUAAAUCUCUCCCUCUCUCCAUCCUUUCUAAUUCUGAUUUCUCCGACACGAUAAACUUCCACUCUCUCUCUCUCUCUCCCUCCUGGUUCAGACGACCCGGAAAAGGCUUUCUUUCUCUGAAACGUUAAUUUCUCGUCUCUUUAUUUAUUAUUUCUCUCCCACUGCUUCACUGCUCGAUAAUAUACGCUGGUUCCCUUUUUUUUUUUUUUUUAAUAAUGGGUUUCGCAAUUGCAAGUGCAUAUAAUAGCAGGGGUUUUAUUCGCGAUUCGUUGAAGCACUGAACACCUUUUUUUUUCCUGUUUGAGAUCAAGGACGAGCUGUGGAGUGAAGAACUAUAUAAGCGAAGAUGUUUGGUGCAACUAACCGUCUGGUAGAAAAUUUACUGGAAAUUUAUUUUAAUUCAAUUCGUUGAGCUGAUGUUUCCAUGAAUGUAUGAUUGCUUCUGUUCUUUAUUAAAACUGGAAGCGUGUGUCUAGUGACUUUUAUGUUCUUCUACUCCUGCUUUUGGCAGUUCAUCAUCAUCUUUUGGUGGGUCUUCUGUUUUUGGUCAGAAGCCUGCAUUUGGCUUUGGGUCUACUCCUACUCAAUCAAGUCUUUUUGGAAGCACAAUGCAGCAAUCAUAGCCUGCAUUUGGUACUGGUAUAUUUGGUUCCUCUGCUCCUUUUGGUUCAACUCAGUCUGUAUUUGGUUCCAGUACCCCUGCCUUCGGUGCCACGAGCAUGCCUGCUUUUGGUGCCACAAGCACCCCUCCCUUUGGUUCAACUGGAAGUCCAGCAUUUGGGAGCACUGGAACUGCAUUUAGUGUCUCUAAUUCCCCAGUCUUUGGAACAGGAGGCAUGAUGCAGCAAUCACAGCCUGCAUUUGGUAGUGGUAUAUUUGGUUCCUCUGCUUCUUUUGGUUCAACUCAGUCUGCAUUUGGUUCCAGUACCCCUGCCUUUGGUGCCACAACCACCCCUGCUUUCGGUGCCACAAGUACCCCUGCCUUCGGUGCCACAAGCGCCCCUACCUUCGGUGCCACGAGCACCCCUGCUUUCGGUGCCACAAGCAUGCCUGCUUUCGGUGCCACAAGCACCCCUCCCUUUGGUUCCCCAAGCACCCCUCCCUUUGGUUUAACUGGAAGUCCAGCAUUUGGGAGCACUGGAACUGCAUUUGGUGUCUCUAAUUCCCCAGUCUUUGGAACAGGAGGCACGAUGCAGCAAUCACAGCUUGCAUCUGGUAGUGGUAUAUUUGGUUCCUCUGCUUCUUUUGGUGCAACUCAGUCUGCAUUUGGUUCCAGUACCCCUGCCUUUGGUGCCACAAGCACCCCUGCCUUUGGUGCCACAAGCACCCCUGCUUUCGGUGCCACAAGUACCCCUGCCUUCGGUGCCAUGAGCGCCCCUACCUUCGGUGCCACGAGCAUGCCUGCUUUCGGUGCCACAAGCACCCCUCCCUUUGGUUCCACAAGCACCCCUCCCUUUGGUUUAACUGGAAGUCCAGCAUUUGGGAGCACUGGAACUGCAUUUGGUGUCUCUAAUUCCCCAGUCUUUGGAACAGGAGGCACGAUGCAGCAAUCACAGCCUGCAUCUGGUAGUGGUAUAUUUGGUUCCUCUGCUUCUUUUGGUUCAACUCAGUCUGCAUUUGGUUCCAGUACCCCUGCCUUUGGUGCCACAAGCACCCCUGCUUUCGGUGCCACAAGUACCCCUGCCUUCGGUGCCACAAGCACCCCUGCCUUUGGUUCAACUGGAUGACCAGCAUUUGGGAGCACUGGAACUGCAUUUGGUGUGUCUAAUUCCCCAGUCUUUGGAACAGGAGGCACAUUUGGAGCAUCGAGCAUACCUGCUUUUGGCACUUCCAGCACUUCUGCUUUUGGAGCUUCAAGUUCUGUUUAUGGGGGUUCAAGCACUCCUGCUUUUGGAGCAUCUUCUACUCCUUCAUUCAGCUUUGGGUCUAGCCCAGCUUUUGGCCAGUCAACACCAGCAUUUGGUAGUAGUCCUUUUGGAACCACUACAUUUGGAGCCCAGAGUUGUCCUUUUGGAACUCAAUCUUCUGCACCGGCAUUUGGAAGCACCAGCUUUGGCCAGUCACCAUUUGGGGGUCAACGUGGGGGAAGUAGAGUAGCUCCUUACACACCUACAGCUGAAGCAGAUAGUGGGAGUAGUACACAGCCAGCUGGAAAGUUGGAGUCAAUAUCAGCGAUGCCUGUUUGUAAAGAUAAAAGUCAUGAGGAGCUGAGAUGGGAGGAUUAUCAGUUAGGAGAUAAAGGUGGACCACAGCCAGCUGCUCAGCCUUCUGGAGGGAUUGGCUUUGGUGUGUCAGCUGCACCCACAAGUCCUUUUGGCUCUUCUUCAACAUUUGGUCAAACAUCUGUAAAUCCUUUCUCCGGCACUAGUACCAAUCCAUUUAGUCCAAAGCCUCCAUCCUUUAAUAGUACAGGUCUCACAUCCUCGACUGUUACAUCAAAUCCUUUUCAAUCGACAUGUAGUCCUUUUGGAACCACUACAUUUGGAGCCCAGAGUUGUCCUUUUGGAACUCAAUCUUCUGCACCGGCAUAUGGAAGCACCAGCUUUGGCCAGUCACCAUUUGGGUGUCAACGUGGGGGAAGUAGAGUAGCUCCUUACACACCUACAACUGAAGCAGAUAGUGGGAGUAGUACACAGCCAGCUGGAAAGUUGGAGUCAAUAUCAGCGAUGCCUGUUUAUAAAGAUAAAAGUCAUGAGGAGCUGAGAUGGGAGGAUUAUCGGUUAGGAGAUAAAGGUGGACCACAGCCAGCUGCUCAGCCUUCUGGAGGGAUUGGCUUUGGUGUGUCAGCUGCACCCACAAGUCCUUUUGGCUCUUCUUCAACAUUUGGUCAAACAUCUGUAAAUCCUUUCUUCGGCACUAGUACGAGUCCAUUUAGUCCAAAGCCUCCAUCCUUUAAUAGUAUAGGUCUCACAUCCUUGAUUGCUACAUCAAAUCCUUUUCAAUCAACAUGUAGUCCUUUUGGAGCCACUACAUUUGGAGCCCGGAGUUGUCCUUUUGGAACUCAAUCUUCUGCACCGGCAUAUGGAAGCACCAGCUUUGGCCAGUCACCAUUUGGGUGUCAACGUGGGGGAAGUAGAGUAGCUCCUUACACACCUACAGCUGAAGCAGAUAGUGGGAGUAGUACACAGCCAGCUGGAAAGUUGGAGUCAAUAUCAGCGAUGCCUGUCUAUAAAGAUAAAAGUCAUGAGGAGCUGAGAUGGGAGGAUUAUCAGUUAGGAGAUAAAGGUGGACCACAGCCAGCUGCUCAGCCUUCUGGAGGGAUUGGCUUUGGUGUGUCAGCUGCACCCACAAAUCCUUUUGGCUCUUCUUCAACAUUUGGUCAAACAUCUGUAAAUCCUUUCUUCGGCACUAGUACCAAUCCAUUUAGUCCAAAGCCUCCAUCCUUUAAUAGUACAGGUCUCACAUCCUCGACUGCUACAUCAAAUCCUUUUCAAUCAACAUCAUCAAGCCUUUUUGGCCCAACUUCGUCAACAACAACUUCAAUAUUUAGUUCAUCUUCAACUCCUACAUUUGGAACUGGUUCAUCAUUCUUUAAUUUGUCUGUCACUCUUUCUUUUUCAACUUCACCAUCCAUUUUUGGUACAACUCCUACAUUUGGAACUGGUUCAUCACUUUUUAGUUCGUCUAUCACUCCAUUUUCAUCUUCACCAUCCAUUUUUUAUGCUGGUGUAGCUCCGGCAACAACUCCUGCAUUUGCUACUGGUUUAAAUUUUAGCAGCAGUCAGACAUCCCCUCUGUUCACUUCUACUGCUGCAAUUGGGCAGACAGGCAAUGCUUUUGGGCAGGUGACCUCUACCUUUGGACAGAAUACUGGUAACUUUGGUCAAACAAGCAUUUUCAACACACCUUCCACUGGGUUUAGUGGGAAUAUGUUUUCAAGCUCUCUAUCAUUGGCUUCUUCUAGCAACCCAGCUGGGUUCGGCCCAACAACUCCCUCUUUUGCUUCACCUUUUCAGCCAGCUCAGAGCAGUGGUGCUUUCAGCUUUAGCAAUUUUGGUCAGAAUCAAUCAGGUGGUGGAUCAAGCAUUUUUGGUCAGAGUAAUAUUGGCCUGUCGUAUGUGUCUUCUACACAGAGUGCUGCUGUAGUACAACCCGUGACUAUCACAAACCCCUAUGGAACACUCCCUGCAAUGCCUCAAAUGUCAAUUGGUCGGGCUGGGACUUCAGCAUCUGUUCAAUAUGGGAUUUCAAGCAUGCCUGUCGUGGACAAACCUGCUCCUGUUAGAAUAUCACCCUUAUUGACUUCUCGAUACCUUUCACAAAGGCGGAUUAGGCUGCCUGCAAGGAAAUAUCAUCCUAAUAAUGAUAGUCUGAAGGUUCCAUUUUUCAGUGAUGAUGAAGAGACACCCAGCACACCUAAGGUUGAUGCUGUUUUUAUUCCUAGGGAAGACCCAAGUGCUCUGGUUAUUCAUCCCACAAAAAAUUGGCCUUCAGGAGAUUCUGCAGAGAUGGCAUCACCAUUGAAGGAUUCAUCCACUCUAGUGCACGAGAAUGGCAAAAUUUCUGGUGAUGGCUCCAAAGCUGAAGAGAAAGAUAAAAAUCCAGUUGAAUAUGGCCUUGUGAAGGAGCCAAGUCAUCCUGUCAGAGGUAACCAGAAAGCUAAUGGAGUCCAUGAUGAUCAUUCUGUUCAAAAAGAGGACUCUUACAUGAAGAUCAGUGGCCACAGAGCUGUCGAGGAUGCUAUUGUCUAUGAGCAUGGGGCUGACAUUGAGGCUCUAAUGCCAAAGCUCCGGCGGUCUGACUACUAUACAGAACCUCGAACCCAAGAACUGGCAGCCAAGGAAAGGGCUGAACCAGGGUACUGUCGCCAUGUCAAGGACUUUGUGGUUGGGCGGCAUGAUUAUGGAAGCGUCAAGUUCCUGGGUGAGACAGAUGUAGGACAUCUUGAUCUGGAGUCACUUGUCCAGUUCAACAACCGUGAGGUGAUUGUUUACAUGGAUGACAGCAAGAAACCUCCUGUUGGACAAGGUCUUAAUAAACCUGCAGAGGUAACACUUCUCAAUAUCAAAUGCUUUGAUAAAAAGACCGGAUGCCAGUACAUGGAAGGGCCACAAGCCGAGAUUUUUAAGAAAAUUCUUAAGAGGAAGGCUGAGGACCAAGGAGCAGAGUUUCUGUCCUAUGAUCCCAUCAAAGAAGAAUGGAAGUUCAGGGUCAAUCACUUCAGCAUCUACAAAUUGGAAGACGAAGAGAAAGAUUACUCAGAAAUGUGCUCUGUUCUCGAUUGCUGAUAAGAUGGGGACACUGUUUGCUUCCUGCCAAGUUUUGGCUGGCCUUAAUGUUUUGUCCCCAUGAAGAGUUGAUUUGAAUUGUAUAGAGAUUGCCCAAUUGUGGUAUUGUUGUUGACUUUUGAGUUGUGUCAUCGGAGUAACACAUGAAUUGUUGUCGUCUAGUAGUUUAUUUAUUUUCGUUCUUGCUGAGUAUUGGUUUUGUUUUUGUAUUUUUCUUUCUCUUUUCAACUCUUUCAACAUGUUACUUCUGAAUUGACAUAUCAGGGAAACUGCUGGUCAGGAGGGAGAUCUGAUGUUAGUGCUUUUUCACAUGAAAAUGUUUCCUCCGGCUUUGAAUUUUGAAUUGAAGUCUGUUAUGUUCAUGUUUCAAUCAUACAUACAUAGAUAUGUUUAGGAGGUGUUGCUAUCUGUUUGUAUAAUUUUCUUCU